AUGUUGAAUGUAAGAGAAAAAAUUCUCGUCGAUGACUCGGUUAGUCGCCUGCAGUAUCAUAAGUAUAAACCUUUUGGUCAACCGGCUUUUGCUCAGAACGAUUCCAUAUCAAUUGUUAUACAAAAUGAAAACACUUACCUGCUUCCUUCCGAGAGUCUGCUGUAUAUAGAAGGACGACUUGUCAAUGCAGAGGGAAAGGGAAAAGCUACUGAUAUUGAGUUAACAAAAAACUGUGCACUUCAUCUGUUUUCGGAUAUUCAGUACCGUCUCAAUAACCAAAUUAUCGAUCAUGUACGUAAUCCAGGAAUUGCAACAUUAAUGAAAGGAUAUGCUUCUUUUACACCAGGUGACGCAAAUGCAUUACAAAAUGCCGGAUGGGGGGCAAGAGGCGAAUUGAAAGAGUUAGUCGACGAUGAUGAUGGUCGUUUUAAUUUUUGCAUUCCGCUUAAAAUGAUCUUAGGCUUUGCAGAGGAUUACAAAAAGAUUAUUUUAAAUGCUCGCCAUGAACUGAUACUGAUUCGUAGCAGGCAAGAUAUUAACUGUAUUGUCUCAGAUAAAGCAGAUACUAAAUCAAAAAUUGUGUUGGAAAAAGUUCACUGGGAAAUGCCGCAUGUUCAGGUGUCUGAAAAGCAACAAAUAUCACUGUGGAAUAUCUUAAAAAAUGAUAUCACUUUGACUCUACCUUUUCGUCACUGGGAUUUGGUUGAAAGCAUUGCGCCAGAAAUUAACUCAUGGACAUGGCAAAUUAAAUUUAAUACAGCUCUUGAAACAGCAAGGUAUGUAAUAUUGGCUUUUCAGUCAAACAGAAAUUUGAUUACUGCUGACUCUAGUGUAUUCGACAAAAUAAACAUAUCAAACUUGAAGGUGUAUUUAAAUUCUUCUAAAUUCCCAGAGGAGAAUUUUGCUGUUGAUUUUGACACGAAGAAUACUGCACAGGCGUUUGAAAUGUAUGCCAAUUUUCAAUCGCUGUAUUAUGGAGAUAGCAGUGUAAGAAGAGGGAACCCGCUCAUGAACCGUACUGAAUUUCAGAACUGUCCUAUAUUUUUCAUCGAUUGUUCUCAUCAAGACGAAACACUGAAAUCUUCGGUCGUUGACAUGAAGAUUGAAAUAGAAACAAAAGAAGCAUUUGCUAAAAAUACAAUAGCUUACUGCCUGGUCAUUCAUGAUUCAGUGAUUGAAAUGACUCCAUCAACCAAUCAAGUCACAAAGCGUACGCGGAUAUAG